CCCACAACCCACGGACCCUUGCGAGAGCGGCAUAGGCCCCGCACUCUAGAUGCCUUCGGCAUGUUUUGAUGCUGAUUCGAUUCUCUCUCUUCGUCGUCGAAGUUCGUUCAGUUGCACGCAGUGCCUCGUGUUGCAUGGACGUGCUACGUUUGACGUCCCGCAGAGUCGAAUCCCCUGUGCCUGAUCUGGCCAAGGAAGCAAAUCCUGAUGCGAGUCCAUCAUUAGUGCAAUCGAUGAUAAUAGCGGAGUUUGCUGUCAGUGUAGUGAUUUUUGUCGGAUUAUCAAACGCGAGUAUAGCCAGCAAUUCAAACCAAAAGUGUACCAACUUCAUGUGGAUUGCUUUGAUUGAUAAAUCAAUAAGCAGCAACAUUCUAGAAGCGUAUGCAAAGGGCAAUGCUUGCUUUGUUGUUGUUUUUGUUUCCGCGCUUCGCAAUGAUGAGUUGAACACGCAUUGCACGUUCCUUGAGGUGGUGUAAAAUAUAAAACAAUCAUCAUCGCUGUGGAGUGUUUUUUCGUUAUUAAUUUAUGGUGUGAAAUACUAGCGGGCGCAUUUGUGUGCAGGGCAUAUGUUCUAGCUGUUGAGAACUAGAAGAGUGUGCGUUCGUAAUGCGCUCAGCGGGUGAGCGUUCGUUCUCGCGCAGUCUCAUACCAUUCAAAGUCGCUGUUGACGAUCAUGCUGGGUGUGGGUGGUGAUGUGUUGGAAUGACAAUAACCCGUACAUUGGGUGGGACGUAUAUAACAUGUUAUUGUUUCGCAAGAGGGCGUUCUGAACCCGAUACGGAUGAUCGUGAAACGAUCGUUGAAUAGUUCGAUCUCCAGUGACCGUGUGAUUGACAUCUGUUUGACGAUCGAGUUGCCGUACGAAAGAUGAUCAGCUACCGGAAUCCGGGGUGUGCGAGCAUCAAGAACCUUUAGUGAAGGAGAAGACGAUAAUGACGAAAAACAACAGCAAUAAAACAAGCAAUAAAGUCAUGUUAAGUCAAAAGGUGAAGAUCAACGGUCAGCCGACGAAAGUGCUACAAAGGAUGAAAAGAUCGAUCAGUCACUCGCUUUUGUGCAUGUGUCAGCGGAAGAGAUAGAUUGGGCAUCAUCGUAUUAGCCGCAGUUCGGAAGAGUCUUGCUGUGGCCGUUUUGAUACGUACAAUGAGAAGCGUUGUUGAAUCAUCUCGCCGAUCUAGAGAUUUGUUCGGAAAGUUAAGAAAAACACAAAUAAAGAAAAAUGUGCUCGCCAGUGGCAGCGAGUAAAGAAGAUUAGCCAAUCGGAGCAGUGAUCUCGAACCGAGAGAAAACAAUACCGAAAGCCGACAAGCAUCCUUUCCGGGCAGCCAAUCAUAAUGAUUAGAUGUGUGUGCAUUAUUGAAUGAAAGUGAUUUUACACUGCAAUUAAGUAUUAUUAAGUGUAUCGCUAGCUGUUCGCUGCAAACCGGUGUUCCAUUGCCAGUGUUUCGGUUCCAGUGCGAGUUCCACCGAUUACCGCCUGCGCGCUCAGUUGCGGUUCGUGAAAACAAAACAGAAAUACAGCAGCCCUAUUCGGGACGGGGGGUCUUAUAAUCCGCGGGGCCACGAUACAUAUCGACUACUACAUCCCGUGAAGGAGGCAAGCCGAGCAACCUGCAACCAUGGACAACGAAUCGGACGGCUCCGAGCGAUGGGAGGAUUUUUUCGGUAGCAGUACCAGUUUAGCUCCAUCCCUGCUGGGCUAUUACGAUUCGUUGGCCACCAAAGUAAACGAGGAUCCCAGCGCCAACGGAAACACCGAAUGUUCAAUUUCGAGCACCGCCACCACCACAAGCAUUAAAUCUGCAAGUUCGUCAUUAUCAAUCGAUCAACAGAGCAUAACAACUGAACGAACAUUUCAGUCCAGCACUUCGCUCAAACUCAAAUCCAUUAGUCUUUGCAACGGAGCCAGUCUUCGACCUACACGAGCAGCACCACAGCUCCCGAAAUCGGGAGACAAAUUUCGCCAUUUAUCUACUAACGUAGCGCGGAUAUUGUCCAACACAGAAACGUCCGUAGACACCGAGCCUAAUCGACCUCGACCACCUCCUGCACCCUUCAAUCGCAAUCACAUUCAAUCGUCAUCGUUCAACACCGGACGAACUACAACCACCUCCACACCGAAGUUCACCUUCAAAAACCUUCCCCUCUCCAAAAACAUCACCAAGCUGAGCCAUCUUCGCUGUGAAUCGGAGCCAGAACCCAUUACCGUACUACGGGUGUCCGAUGCCACCAAUGGAAACUGUGAUACUUCCCUGGAGGAAGACAUCCCCAAGCUAAGUUUCAUCCAGCAGCGAAUAAGGUCGCUAACUUCGGCUCUUUUCGACAACGACGACGAAGACGUCAACGCUGAGCUCAAUCCAAGCCAAUUCGAGCAACAACCGACAAAGAUCACACAGGAGGACGUCGACCCCGAACCAGUUCUCCGGCAUCCAGAAAAAUCUAUGGAUGCUAGUAUUCAGGAUCAGCAGGAUGCAUUCAUCGAGAACUGCGACGAUUCCGAGAACCGAUCCACCAUCGUCGAAACCAGCAAUCCCUAUUUGAAUCUAACCGUAGUUGAGCCGCUGGAAGAUGCGCCAAAUCUGAGCAGCAACUCUUUCCGGCAGAACCUUCAGAUUUCGCCUAAACUCCCGCGAUCCACUUCGGCCUCGACGCCCAGUUUGAACACCAGUUCGGCUUCGCUUUCGUCGAGCAAAACAUCGCUCACGCAGCCAAACGCACCGGGAACGCCCGUUCUCAGCACCCGCCCCCUGUCGGCGUCGUCCAUAUCUUCGUACUCUUCGAGCAGCAGUUCCGGCUCCGAGCACUUGCUACUAGUCAACGGGAAAUGCUGCGGAGCCCCGUCCUAUCAGGCCAGUGUGGAAAGUUUAGCCGAUCAGAGUGAAUGCGAGCAGAACGCAUCCGGCAGUGGACUAACCAUGUGCGAACGAGCCGUCAUGGAGAUCAUCGAUUCGGAGCGAAGCUACGUCGAGGAUCUGGGGCAGAUCAUCAAAGGUUACUUGCAAGAUUGGAAGGAACGAGCCUGUCUCAAAGUGGAUGAGCUUGAGAUCCUCUUCAGUAACAUACAGGAGAUUUGGGAUUUCAAUAGCAGGCUGCUGAGCCGUUUGAACGAAACCAAAGGCGAUCCAACGAAAAUCUCCGGUUGCUUCAUUGAUCUGCAUGAAAAUUUCGAUUGCUACACCACAUACUGUACCCGUUACCCGGAGGCGAUCGCACUGCUCACAAGCCUCCUGCAGGCCACCCACACGAACGCCUUGCUCAUCCACACGCAGAAGAUGCUCAAUCACAACCUCCCACUGGGCUCCUACCUCCUGAAGCCGGUCCAACGGAUACUCAAGUAUCAUCUGCUGCUGGAUAAUCUGCGAAAGCACAGCGACGACAAACAGGUGGCCCACGCUCAUGAGCUGAUGAAGAGUGUGGCGCACAAUAUCGAUCAGGUGAAGAAGAAGCUGGAGCAGCAAAGCCGGGUGAAGGAACUGGCCGGCAUCGUUGAUGGGUGGCUUGGACCGGAUCUUUCGGUUUUGGGCGAACUGCGCCAGGAAGGAUUGCUCAGCGAACACGCCAAACCGCGGGUUGUGCUGCUGUUCCAAACGAUGCUCAUCAUCACCAAGCCCAAGGAGGACAAGCGGUUGCAGUUUCGUGCUUAUAUUCCGUGCAAGAACCUCAUGCUGGUGGAGCAUCUACCGGGCGAGCCAACCAGCUUCAAUGUGAUUCCGUACAACGAUCCGAAGGGCCAGAUCAAGCUAACAGCACGCAACCGAGACCAGAAGCGGCACUGGGCUCAGCAAAUAAAACAAGCCAUGCUGGAGCACUUUGACAUUCCGAAGCGUGCCAAGGAGCUGGUUCUGCAACUUGGCGAUGAAGACGAUCGCAUGGUCGAUAAAAACGCCAGCUGGAAGUGGCCCACGAAUCACCCAUCAACACCGGAGUAUUUGGAGCGGAGGCAACAGUUUCGUCGUAGCGAGAUGCGAAUGCGUUCCAAGAAAAUGCGUAAGAAUACGGCCAGCAGUAUUUCGUUGGAUGGGAUCUCCCAGAAGGAUGUCAAGCAGCCAACCUUCCAGUCCUACUCGAAAGCAUUGGAGCAGGAAGGGGUCUGUGAAUCCCACGAAAAAGGAACUACUGGAGGUUGCAAGUGCGAUGCAGUUAAAAAAGAAUUGGAACAGAAAAGUAGGAGUCAGUCGGAAACGAGACUUUCAGGAGAUAACAAGGCCAGCAAGAUAAGUGAUGAGGAGAUUUUUGCAAAAGCGAUGGCCGAAAGAAACAGGUUUGCGACGCAAAGAAGGAAGACGAAGGAGAGCCUCAUCGAUGUGAAGACGUACAACUCGACGACGAUACCGAAACGAAUAGCAAAUAUUAGGAAGACCAGGUCGAAGACGUUGACGGGUAAUUCCACGUUCUACACCGACCUAGGUUUGGGUGGUAGUGAGGAAGACACUACGGUAUUGAAAAUAACCGAAUCGACGGAUAAUCUAAGCCUGCAAGAUGCGGAGGCUACGGAUGGCGUGGAAAUCAGGAAAAGCUUAGAAGCUAAUGAAACGAUGGACGAAGAUAGCUGCCCGAAGCGAGACUCGGACAUAAUCUCUCAGUUGGUAUUGGAAAAGAGCGAGUUCAGGAAAAUGAGUAGACCCCCGAAAAAGAAGUCAUUCGAUUCGGUGCGAUCAUUGUCAUGUACUAGUCAAGAGGGAGAUGGUGGCUUAGAAAAGAAGGAGUCAGAACUGGAAGUACCGAUUCCUGAUAUUCCGAAAACAGAACCUCCAGAAGACACUGAGGAAGAGGAAUUUCGGAAAGUUGAUGAGUUGAAUAAAGAAUCAGAGGAUCUAUUGAGUCGGUUGCAUGAGAUUCAAUCGGAUCUUGUCUCUCCGGAACCGAUCUACGAGUCUUUGCUGCGGAAUGUUCAUGUUCCUUAUAAAUAUGCUCCACCUCUGAGCAGAUCUAUUUCGCAACAAUACGGAAAGGUUUUAGAAUCGUUACGGCCGGAUUUAACUCCGAAGCGAUCUCGCCCGGAGUCGGAUUACGUGACGCUUGCCUACUCGGAGAACGGAUUGAUCAACAUCGAUGGUCAUAGCGUUGAGCCAAAGACUUCAAUUGCGCAGCUUAGAAACAGCGACACCAAUAUCAAUUAUCAUCAUCCUUGCCGAAAAGAUGAAGAAUCCGGACCCGUGCAGGACACGCGCUCUGAGAUUGUCACACUUGUUAGCGAGGAUACGUUGAAGCCGUUGGAACGACAAGGCAGUCUCAGCAUCAAGUCACCAAAGAACCUUCUCCAAAGAUUCAUCAGCCUUCAUGCUUCCCCAUCUACCACAGGCAGCUGCGACAGCAACCUUAAUCAACGCAAGAUUUCUUUACCCGACGACCCUACUCCAAUCUACAAGCAAGGAAGCUUGGACCUCGGGUCACGCAUUGCAAAUCUUGAUUACGCUGACCCUCGCACCCUUUUCAGUACCGCUAAUCAUCCUAACAUUCUUAUCAAUCGGGCAUCUAUAAAGCCCGCGUCUUCAGAUUUUGAGCAACGAGACUCCAUAUUUUCGCUAAACUCAUCCAAUGACAGCGUUUGUGGCGUCCAGAACGAGCUAGAAGACGACUCCUUCGGUUUCUAUGAGAAAUCAGUCGAGGAAUGUCUGGAGAACGAAGACUUCCGCGAUUCGGCCGUAUACAGCGGGGACGACAAUCGUCCAGAUCUGGACGACCAGGUGGUGUACGAAUCGAUCGGAGAGAUCAACCAGCAAAGGCUGCUAAAACCCACCUCUCAGGUGGUUCGCUCAUCUUCCUCGGCAUCAAGUAGUUCAAGUGGACCACCGCCUCCCGUUCCGGUGAAGCCAGUGCAUCUGGAGCAAAUUAAGAAACAAAAACCACGGGUGGCCAGUGUGGGUGCAGUUCCUUCGGCUACAUCAACCAAGGUUGCCCCCGCCUCCAAGGGGUGGGUUCUACAGCAAGUGAAGAGAUUUCAGUGAAGCUAAACGAAUCCGAGCAAGAGAGAGACUGAUGAA